CUUUUAACGGAGGGCUUUUGAGUGCUGAAACACUAGCCGUGGUUUGUUGUGACACUGUCACAAUCCUUGCUGUGUUUCUAUCCGUUUUUUGUUUUUGCUUUGAACUCUCUACUCCGCACUCCUGGUGUGCCUUUUCUCUUAGCCUUGCAUUGUGCUUCAACUCUGCUUAGGUGGCAAAGUGUGCCCUUUGAGUGAAUGAGCACCUUGUGUGUGGCUUUAGGUAACUGAGCUUUCUCAGGGAUAUAUGAGACUGUGCGAGGCAAUCUGAAAAGCCCACACAGGGUUGCUUCUGUCUUCCUUCUGUAACUUGAGUCAAGUCGUAAAAAAGGCUGGAAAAUCAAAACCGAGGCGCCCACAGGUGCCAUCCUCACUUGCCUCUCUGACAUACAGAACCAAGAAAGAACAAGCCGACGUUAUUUCUCUUUUGCAAAACCGGCAUUCCCGCCGAUCUGAAAGGAUUUUUUAAAAAAAAAAAAAAAACGGCGUUGCAUCUUGGAUUUAAAAUGUCUGAAAACUCAAACGGAUCUUCUGAAUCAGCUCCAGAUUACAGAUACAAGAAAGAUGAGCUCUUCAAGAGGCUAAAAGUGUCUACAUUUGCCCAACUGGUGAUUCAGGUUGCCACUCUGUCGGAUGAAACCUUGAAAGGGCCACCUGAAGAAGGCCAAAAACUAGAUGAAGGCGACGCGGCUCCUGCAGAGACCAGUCUCGAGAUAGCAGAGACCAACGGCAAAGGCAGCCCUGAAGAGAAACCAGCCAGUCCCAUCUUGUUCAUCAACAACACCGGAGCUGGAGAGUCCUAUCGCUCCACCUUACAGAGCGUCAUCAGUGGGGUAGGUGAGCUGGACCUGGGAAAAGGCGACCCCAAGGAGACGGAGGGGACGGUUCCCAACAACGGACCUUAUCCCGACUGCCCUUAUCUGCUGCUGGACGUGCGAGAGCGAGAUGCCUAUGACCAGUGCCACCUUGUGGGAGCUCACUCCUAUCCCAUCGCUACUCUCUCCCGAACGAUGAAUCCCUACACCAACAGCAUUUUGGAAUACAAAAAUGCUCACGGGAAGAUUAUCAUCCUUUAUGACGAUGACGAGCGGGUGGCCAGCCAAGCAGCCAGCACCAUGUGCGAGAGGGGCUUCGAGAAUCUGUUCAUGCUUUCUGGAGGUCUCCGAGUCAUUGCUCAGAAGAUCCCCGAAGGCCUGGUGACCGGCUCCUUCCCCGCCUCCUGCCUGGUCUCCAGUCAGUCUGGGAACGCCCGGAAGAAAGCCACCCCACAGCCGCCCCUCCCCCAAACCGCCGAAAACAAGUGGAGGUUUACCGCAGAGGAUCUGCAAAAGAUACAGUACUACCUGCAGGAGGAACAGCUUCCCAGCGAUCCUGCCAGCCGUCUCAGCCGCGGAUCGUCCGCCCGGGAUUGCAAAGCCGUCGCCGUGAAGAGCAACCAGAACCUGCCCAGCACCAACCCGGCUACGGCACCUCUCACCACCCGCUCCCUCAGCAGCAGCAGCCUGCAGAGCAGGCCUUGGCGGUAGCCCGGCACCCUUUCACGAGAAUAAAAGAGGGCCCGUUUCCUCAGGGCCGUUUAACCUGA